AGAUGAAGUCGGUUUGUUUAUGUUAGCUCGCUAGCAAGCCAUAACUUGUAUUCCACUAAAAUAGCGAAACAUUUAGCUAGCUACACUAAAAUAACAUGUCUCAAGUGACUAGAUUACAAAUAGCAAUGGACGCCGAAGAAAUUGUUGCCCAACUUAACAGAAAAGAAUUGCGCAAGCAGCAGUUGAUAGAGUACUUAGCAGCAAAAGGAAGACUGAAGCCACCAAACCCAAAACCUUAUCUUCGAGAUGCCGUUAAAGCAAAGCAGAUCACCCUGUCUACCGUGAAGGAUGAUCUGGACCCGGGAAAAGAGAACCGGGGUCCAAAUACUCUCAAGAUGAAAAAGAGAGUGGUGAAGGUUCGACCUCUGAUGGCCAAUGCCGUUUCCCAAACCACAGGCACCUUCUGCAGUACCACCAACAAACAGAGCUCCGCCAACGGUCUCCUCUCUGCAGCAUCGAGUACCGCACGUCUCAACGUGCUCAAAGGCAUUACAAAGCCUUCUGCGGUUGCCCCAAGUCACCCAACCAGCCUGAAGACUGCUCCAGCCAGAUCACAAUCCACUGUCCCUACCAAAAGAUGCCCAGGCACCACCAACCAACCCAGAACCCAGCCUAAUCCAGCUGUUAAAGUCGGUAACACAUGCCCGAGCUCAGCCAUACCCCUGGCAAACGCUGGUAGAACACGUUCAGCCAACACAACCAGACCAAAGUCAAAUAUUACUGGGAAACCCGCUAACACUCUCCACACAGCCGGCACGCGGCCCAGCACAGCCGGCACGCGGCCCAGCACAGCCGGCACGAGGCCCAACACAGCCGGCACGCGGCCCAACACAGCCGGCACGCGGCCCAACACAGCCGGCACGCGGCCCAACACAGCCGGCACGCGGCCCAACACAGCCGGCACGCGGCCCAACACAGCCGGCACGCGGCCCAACACAGCCGGCACGCGGCCCAACACAGCCGGCACGCGGCCCAACACAGCCGGCACGCGGCCCAACACAGCCGGCACGCGGCCCAACACAGCCGGCAGUGCCAGAAUGAGUCCGAGCACAAUGGUUAAAACCAAGACAAGCCUUGUGUCUGUCCAGGUGCAGCCUAGAAGCACCACCGUCCAUGCUCCAGCAUCAGUCUCCUUCACCCCCCUGGUCUUGAACAGAGCAUGCCCAAGCACCAGCCCAGUCCCAGCGAUGACCCAAAAGCCACCAGUUACGACUCAGAGGAGAACGAAUCCCUUCACUGGCAUGAGUGAGACUAACCAGAGGACAACUGCCUCGGCUGCGGACAAUGGGCAAAGGAGGAGCCAAGCUGUGAGCGGGACUGAUUCCAAACCACUCCCAGAGAGAUCCAGUAAACCAGCAGGGCAGAAACAACCUGUCACUGGACCUAAACCCACCAUCCAAGGCCCUACUGGUCCUGGGCACAAGACUGCAGCUAAGAAGCCAGGAGUUAUUCAGAGGGCUGCAUCACAGCACAGGGCCGAGGCUAGAGGAGCAGGAGCCAGCACUCAGAUAUGGAAGGCUGCCUCUCGAGCCUCCACCGGGAUUCCAGGAAGCCAAUGGCAGAACACGGCUCUGAGUAGGGCCAUGCAUGCAGCCGUGGCUGCGAUGGGACAGAAAAGCAGCGCCGAGGAAAACCGAGACAUGGAGAGCGGGUCGGCAGACACCAAGAAUGAACCCAAUGCUCCAUCGCCCUCAUCAACAUCUCCGGCGUGUUGGCCUAGGCCUCACAGCAGCACAGCAAGUGGUGUGUGGAUCCCCCAGACGGUGCCUCGCUCAGCCAAAAAGUCCAGCCAUGGCCAGGAGGAGGUGGAGUGGGAGGCUGGUGUUGGCCUUAAGACACCCAGAGACCAGGCCAGGGUCGUGCCCAAAACCGAGGGCCGCAGGAAGAUGACAGCUGCCCAGGAAGAGAGAAUGCAGAAGCUCCAGGAAUGGCGUGAGAACAGGGGCAUCUCCUACAAGCGUCCCCCCAUGCCGGUGAGGCCUCCUCGGGUGCGGCGCACCUUGGCCCUUCCUCAGGCUUACUGGGACGGUAUGGAGGAGGAAGUUGAGGCCAGGUCUCUGGUUGAAGCUGUGGACCGGUGCCUGUCUGACUGCAUCAAACUGCUGAAUGAGGGCUGCCAGUCCUCCCAGGUGCAGGAGAUGCUGUCCACUGUGCCCAUGGCCGAGAAGUUCUCCAAGUACUGGAUCUGCCAGGCCCGUCUGAUGGAGCGCCAGGGCAACCUGGAGGUGCUGCCGCUGUUUGAAGAGGCUGUACGAGUGGUGUUAGAGCCAGUAGACGAGCUUCGGACUGUUGUGUUUGAGAUGCUGAAAAAGAAGGAAGAGACACAAGGUCAGUCUCCCGUGGCAUCGGCGCAGGAGCCUGUAAGAGAGCAGGAUGACAUUAUGGAGCUUCACUCUACACCAGACACCAUGGCCACACCCACAGCCGUCAAAGCCCUGAUCCGUGGUGACCGAGGAGGCUCGUCUGUGGUCAAGUACAAGAUCACCGCCACUCCAGGUGGUUUCAGGAGCCAGAAGAGGGAGUCGGCGGUGGCCCGCAUGUUGGACGGACAGGAGCUGAGAUUCUUCACGCCCGUCAGGCGCUCAGUGAGGAUCGAGAGGUCCGCGCUCUUCUACCCCGCCUCCCUGCAGGAGCACGACCUAUGUGUUGCCUCCUUCAAUGACCUGAUGGCCCAGCAGGAUGAGAGAGAAGAGGAAGGGGAGGGAGACAAAGAGGGGGGAGGCAGCGCUGGGCCCGUCCCAAACGGUCAUCUGUACGUGUACAGAGAGAACGGUGCGCUGAGAGACAAGGUCAACAUCCAGCUGGUCUACGCUGAGGAAGAAGACUAACGGGCUGUGUCCAAGUAGUGUAAAGUGGCUUCCUCUCCUGCUUUAGCCUGAUCUACCAGUACAGGAAUAGGGAGGUGCUGGAUAUGAUGCCCACUCACCAUCUGGGAAUGUAGCUUACACCUGUCCAGUUGUAUGUCCUUCAGUGCAUGGUCACAUUCCUUAGUGGCGAGCUGUAGUAAAACAAACAAUUCUGAAAGACACCUGGGGGGUGAGUUUGUCUGUGCAGGAAGAGCCUGUUGAUCCAUCUGUCUGGGGGUCAUGCAUAGAUGGGUUACUCAUUUGUAUGUCAAACCAAAAGCAUCCAUUGACUUUUUAGAUGGACUUUUGUUUUUUAAUGCAAACUGUGGUAAGGUUUUUUUUUAAAGAUUGUACAUACAGUUGAAGUGGGAAGUUUACUUAAGUGUAAGUUGGAGUCAAUAGAACUCGUUUUUCAACCACUCCACAUUUCUUGUUAACAAACUAUAGUUUUGGCAAGUAGGUUAGGACAUCUACUUUGUACAUGACACAAGUAAUUUUUCCAACAAUUGUUUACAGACAUUAUUUCACUUAUAUUUCACUGUGUCAGAAGUACACUAAGUUAACUGUGCCUUUAAAAAGCUUGGAAAAUUCCAGAAAAUGACGAUGGCAUUAGGAGCUUCGAUAGGCUAAUUGACAUUGUUUGAGUCAAUUGGAGGUGCACCUGUGGAUGUAUUUCAAGGCCUACCUUCAAACUCCGCCUCUGCUUGACAUCAUGGGAAAAUUGUAAAAAUAAAAUAUAAAUUGUAGAACUCCACAAUUCAUCCUUGGGAGCAAUUUCCAAACGCCUGAAGGUACCACGUUCAUAUGUACAAACAAUAGUAUGCAAGUAUAAACACCAUGGGACCACGCAGCCGUCAUACCACUCAGGAAGGAGACGCAUUCUGUCUCCUAGAGAUGAACGUACUUUGGUGCGAAAAGUGUAAUCAAUCCCAGAACAACAGCAAAGGACCUUGUGAAGAUGCUGGAGGAAACAGGUUCAAAAUAUCUAUAUCCACAGUAAAACGUGUACAAUAUAACCUGAAAGGCCACUCAGCAAGGAAGAAGCCACUGCUCCAAAACCACCACAAAAAAAGCCAGACUACGGUUUGCAACAAAAGCUCAGGACAACUGAGCUUUGGAGGAAUAUGCAGAUUUAAAGAAGUGUCUAAUUUGCUUUCUAAUGAUAAUGUUCUUUUCCUCAAGGAAGUUCUUGAAUUUAUUACUGCUUAAGUAAAAGCCAUCCUCUCUUGGGGAAUGCUGCUUUUUAGUUAGCUUUGCGACAGUAUCAAAAAGACAUUUCGGAUUGUUCUUAUUUUCCUCAAUUAAGUUGGAAAAAUAAGAUGAUCGAGCAGCAGUGAGGGCUCUUCGAUACUGCACGGUACUGUCUUUCCAAGCUAGUCGGACGACUUCCAGUUUGGUGUGGCGCAAUUUCCGUUACAAUUUUCUGGAAGCUUGCUUCAGAGCUCGGGUAUUUUCUGUGUACCAGGGAGCUAGUUUCUUAUGACAAAUGUUUUUAGGGGUGCAACUGCCUCUAGGGUAUUGUGCAAGGUUAAAUUGAGUUCCUCAGCUAGGUGGUUAACUGAUUUUUGUCCUCUGACGUCCUUGGGUAGGCAGAGGGAGUCUGGAAGGGCAUCAAGGAAUCUUUGGGUUAUCUGCAAAUUUAUAGCACAACUUUUGAUGCUCCUAGGUUGGCGUUCUGAGCAGCCUUUUUGUUGCGAUUGCAAAAGUAAUAAAAUGGUGGUCUGAUAGCUAUUCCUCAUAAUCCUGGUCUAAGGGGAUAGCUGAGCUGACUACACUGACUGUGCUAGUGGCAGACUCCAGUAAACUGACAGGUUGGCUAACAGCCUGCUGCCUGGCCUGCAUCCUAUUUCAUUGUGGAGAUAGGAGUUAGAGCCCUGUCUAUGUUGGUAGAUAAGAUGAGAGCACCCCUCCAGCUAGGAUGGAGUCUGUCUGUCACUCCUCAACAGGCCAGGCUUGGUCCUGUUUGUGGGUGAGUCCCAGAAAGGGGGACAAUUAUCUACAAUUGUUAUCUUUUGGGAGGGGCAGAAAACAGUUUUCAACCAGCAAUUGAUUUGUGAGACUGCUGUAGAGCUCAUCACUCCCCCUAACUGGGAUGGGGCCAGAGACAAUUACUCGAUGCCGACACAUCUUUCUAGCUAAUUUACAUGCUGAAACUAUGUUGCACUUGGUGACCUCUGACUGUUUCGUCCUAACCACAAUAUCUCUAUACUCUCUACACUCGCCAGUUUUAGCUUUAGCCAGCACCAUCUUCAGAUUAGCCUUAACGUCAGUAGCCCUGCCCCCUGGUAAACAAUGUACUGUAUGAUCGCUGUAGGAUUCGUUUUAAGUCUAAUACUGCGGGUAAUGGAGUCGCCAAUGACUAGAGUUUUCAAUUUGUCAGAGCUAAUGGUGGGAGGCUUCGGCAUCUCAGACCCCGUAACGGAAGGAGGAGAGACCUGAGAAGGCUCGGCUUCUGACUCGCUGCUUAAUGGCGAGAACCGGUUGAAAGUUUGUCUGCUGCAUUCCUACAGCAUUUCCCUCCUGAAGCGAUGAGAAAGUUGUCUGGCUGCGGGGACCGUGCGAGGGGAUAUAUAUCACUAUGUGUACUUACUUGUGGCAGUAACGCUGUUUCAUCAUUUCCUACACUGAAAUUACCCUUGCCUAACGAAUGGGACAAAAUUCACCCAACUGAUUGUGGGAAGCUUGUGGAAGGCUACCAGAAACGUUUAACAAUUUAAAGGCAAUGCUACCAAAUGCUAAUUGGGUGAAUGUAAACUUCUGACCCAGUUGGAAUGUGAUGAAAGAAAUAAAAGCUGAAAUACAUAAUUCCCUCUACUAUUAAUCUGACGUUUCACAUUCUUAAAAUAAAGUGGUGAUCCUAAACUGACCUAAAAUGUUGUUUUUUUUUACUGGAUUAAAUGUUAGUAAUUGUGAAAAACUGAGUUUAAAUGUAUUUGGGUGAGGUGUAUGUAAACUUCUGACUUCAACUGUACCUGCUUUUUAUUUUUUAAUGUCGUUUUUUGUAAUUUAGAGGCAUGAAUGAUGUCUGUAUUUAUGUAUAAUAAAUAAUUAAAUUUGGUAA